AUGGCUAACAACGUGACCGCUACCAGAGAAGCUACAAGGCGUACUCACACUUACAGUUUCCAUCGCGAAGGCUUGAUUCAGUUGGGGCAAUUGGGUGGAUUGAUCACUGGUCAUAAUAAAACUGUGUUCACUGAGAAUUAUGGAAACAUCUUGACUCUUUUGGACUCACACGUCGACGAAUGGGGAUUGUCUACUCUUCUUCAGUUCUAUGAUCCUGACUUGCGUUGUUUCACCUUCUCAGGCUAUCAGUUAGCUCCCACUCUCGAGGAGUACUCUCACUUCCUCAAUAUCAGAAUCCAACACAAGGUUCCUUUCGUUUGCGUCCCAGAGAAGCCUGAUUUGGACCACAUUGCCAAUGCUCUUUAUUUGAGCAUAGGAGAUGUUCAUGGAAAUUGGAAAAAGAAUGGUAGCACUCAGGGUUUCUAUAUGAGUUUCUUGGUUGAGAAGGCCCAAGAAUUGGCUAACAAAAAGAUGUGGGAGGCCUUCAACGCCCUUCUGGCCGUUUUGAUUUAUGGGAUCGUGAUGUUCCCUAACAUUCACAAGUUCGUUGAUCUGGCUGCUAUAUGUCUUUUUGUGGAGAAGAAUCCGGUCCCUACUUUGCUAGCCGAUACGUACUAUUCUGUUCACUCUCGAUAUGGGAAAGGAGGAGCCAUAAGAAAUUGUUUGCCGUUGUUAUACACCUGGUUUAAGUCCCACCUACCUGCAAGUGGUCCCUUCAUUACCUCUACUCAGAAAUGGCCUCAAAGGAUCAUGGGGCUUACCGGAAAUGACAUUGUCUGGUGUCCCACUGGAAUGGAUGUGGAGAAAGUUAUAACUAGCUGUGAGAUAUUUGAAUCCGUUUGCUUUGAAAAGGGAACCGAUCUAAAAGGUUUAGAAAAAGUGGUGAGUGCCUGGAAUGACAUCCACACAAGUGAUCAGAUUUCUCUAGGUGAGAAGAAUGCCGUUGCCAAACAGGCCUACACGGAUUGGGUUGAGGAUAGAGUUAAAGAUCGUCUGUUGCCUUUCCCGAAGGUUAACCCAUUGUACGAGCAACCACCUAAGAUUCUAAUUGCCACCGUGCCUGCUGAGAAUCGUAUCCAGGUAGAUAUGGAAAGCACCCAAUUGCAUGAAAAGAAGUCAGAUGCGCAACCGAAACAUUGUCUUGUGGACCAGAAAAAGGUUGAGUUGACACACGAAGCCAAAAUGCUGAAGGGAGGAUCUUCCAGAGUUCAAAAGAGGGCUAGAACGGAGAAAGGUGAAAGGGAUACUACUGUUAUUGUUGAGGAUCACCAGGAGAUCAUAAAAAGGGCCAUGAAAGAGGCAGAAGAGAAACUCAAGCGAGAGUACCGAGAAGACUUGAAAGCUUAUAAGCUCAAGGUAGAAAGGGACGCUAGAGUUGAAGUGAAGAAUCUGAAAAAGAAACUGGAAGAAGAGACCACUAAAAGAAUGAGUUGCAUUUAUGAACUCAACAAAGGAGAUAAAGAGGAUAAAGUGUCACGUUGA